GCUUCUUUCAGCAGCAGCAACAGACAGUCAGCCACCUCGGUAGCUUGCUAGCCAAAAUAGACGAACCAACAAAGCUCUUUAGACGCUUUAGUGUAUAUUAGCCACUGUGUUUUAAACUCACCUCUGUCGUCUAGUUAGUUAUCCCUUUUAAUUUCAUGAUUUUCAUAUUUACGGUAUUGUUUUUAUUAAUCUAGCGGGCUGGUUAAGUUAGCAUUAGCCUAGCUAGCUAACAUCUCCAACCAUGAGGUCACUAAGCUACUCUCUUGUUAAUGAAGAGGAGGACUGCUGGACGGAGAAAGAAGCUCUCGUCAAAGAGGAGAAGGAAGAGGAGGAUAUCACAGUAAAACAAGAAUUAGAGGGCGAGGCUGUUACAGUUAAACAAGAAUUAGAGGGUGAGGCUGUUACAGUUAAACAAGAAGAGAAAGACGUUUCAGUGAAAGAAGAGGAAGAUGCGUUCAGAGUUAAAGAGGAAGAAGAUUUUACAGUAAAAGAAGAGGAGGAGGAUGCAGCUUUUGGGGUGAAAGAGGAGGAGGGGGAGAUGACUGUCACAUUGAAAAAGGAGGAGGAGGAAACUGGAUAUCUGGGCCCGGUUUCCCAAACGCAUCUUAAGGCAUCCAAUGGUUCUAAGGAUGAACUUAGCCAUAAUAUGGUUUUGAGAGACCGUUCCCUGAUUAACACAAGAGAGAGACGUGACUAUCGUGGAUCCUCUGGGGAGCCUCAACAACAUCAUGAUGCUGAUGAGGCAGAGAAGAGUCUCUCCACGUCAAAACACCUCAAGAAACACCAGCAGAGAACCACAGGGAAGAAAUCUCACUUCUGCUCUGACUGUGGGAAAAGUUGCAAAUCUUCAUCAGAACUUAAAAUACACCAGAGAACACACACAGGAGAGAAACCUUUUAGCUGUGACCAAUGUGGGAAGAGUUUUACUAGAUAUAGCCAGCUGAUUGUACACCAGAGAACACACACAGGAGAGAAACCUUUUAGCUGUGAUCAAUGUGGGAAGAGUUUUACUACAUCUAGCGAUCUGACAGUGCACUGGAGAAUACACACAGGAGAGAAACCUUAUAGCUGUGAUCUAUGUGGGAAGAGUUUUAGUCAAUCUGGAGCUCUGACCAAUCACCAGAGAAUACACACAGGAGAGAAACCUUUUAGCUGUGACCAAUGUGGGAAGAGUUUUACUAGAUAUAGCCAGCUGAUUGUACACCAGAGAACACACACAGGAGAGAAAUCUUUUAGCUGUGAUCAAUGUGGGAAGAGUUUUACUACAUCUAGCGAUCUGACAGUGCACUGGAGAAUACACACAGGAGAGAAACCUUUUAGCUGUGGCCACUGUGGGAAGAGUUUUACAGCAUCUAGCAAUCUGAAGAUACACCAGAGAACACAUACAGGAGAGAAACCUUAUAGCUGUAAUCAAUGUGGGAAGAGUUUUAGUCAAUCUGGAGCUCUGACCAAACACCAGAGAAUACACACAGGAGAGAAACCUUAUAGUUGUGGUCAAUGUGGGAAGAGUUUUGGUCAAUAUGUAGAGCUGACCAAACACCAGAGAAUACACACAGGAGAGAAACCUUAUAGCUGUGGUCAAUGUGGGAAGAGUUUUACUACAUCAAGCCAGCUGACUUCACACCAGAGGACACACACAGGAGAGAAACCUUAUAGCUGUGAUCAAUGUGGGAAGAGUUUUACUACAUAAGGCAAUCUGAUAACACACCAGAUAACACACACAGGAGAGAAGCCUUAUAUCUGUGAUCAAUGUGGGAUGAGUUUUACUAUAUCAAGCCAUCUGAUUCGACACCAGAGAACACACAAAGGAGAAAAACCUUAUACCUGUGAUCAAUGUGGGAUGAAUUUUCCUACAUCUAGCCAGCUGACUUCACACCAGAGAACACACACAGGAGAGAAACCUCAUAGCUGUGAUCAAUGUGACAAGAGAUACUCUGAUAAAAGAUCUCUGAUCAAACAUAAAAAAAUGCAUACAUGAAGUUGUUUCAUGAUAUCAAUGAAAUAAUGUCACAAUGUAGAUUGUUUUAACAUUGUAGUAGGAGUAUUUUAAUGAUGUCACAAUGUAGAAUGUUUUAACAUUGUAGUAGGAGUAUUUUAAUGAUGUUCUACCUUAUCCUUUCCCCUUUUCAAUUGAUUGCACCAUGAUAUGGAUAUUAGCCUCAGGGGAAAAUCCAGGCUCUGAAUUGAAAGAGUAUUAUUUAACAAAAAGUGACUAACAAAAAAAGAGCUGUGUUACACUUACUGCGUUGGUGACCCACUUUAAUCAAAAUGCAGCACUUCAAAAUGUAGGCAGCUGUUUUCUACAAGUUGAAAAAGCUGCUUGUUUAAAAAAAGACAUGUAAUAUGAUAAUUGUUGCAGAUGUUUGUGUAUAUACACACAUAAAAGCAUUAUAAUAAAUUGGUAAAAAUUG